GCUUUUCGCAUGCGUGUCGCGACACAAUUUUUGAACUACAUGCGCCGACUUCAUUUGAACAGGUAGUUCACUUUCGAGAGCCCAUCCCUCAGAGGUUCAAAGACUGGCCGAUGACGUGUGUGCGUGCUAUUUUUUGACAAGGCCAUUUUGUUUACACUAUCAACCUCCGGCGGUCAUCUUGACGAGUUCUUAACGAGUCUUGUCGCCCUCAUCUUAUCUCCCACUUCUGCCGCUUGAAAGACAAAGUGUGCUUUCUGGAGCGCGAGAGGAAGUUAAGAGACCGACAACCGUUCCAUCCAUUGAGACCCUCAGUGUUUGAAUCUAUCUGUCGAUUUCGCAGAUUGGAGUAUUGGCAUAAAACGAAACGCCUUCCUCUGUUGAACACACUAGAUCCAGUCAAUACCGCUGACAAGUGGCCAGCAAAUCUCAUCGUCACCAAUUCCCACCCCACUUCUCUUUAAUGGCUUUUGCCCACGACAGUCACCUCCCUCACCGAGAACAGCAAACCGCGACCCUGUCAAACUUGUCUCCAGGCGCCUCAACGUUUUCGGCCGUGGAACCUGCGCCUUCCCUACGUCAUGCCUGCUUCUUCUUCUCCUCGCUUGUACCCUCUGUACGACGACCCUGACCGCUGCAUCGCGUCGUCCUUUUCCGUCUAAAAUGGCUCCUCCUUGUCCACCUGAUGCCUUCCCUCACAAGACUCCCUCGACAUUAUCCGCCCAUACACCUAGAGAGAGAACAAGAGACAAAACCCGAUCGCUUGGACGGUGCGGUGCAGACUGGUCGGCAAUGGCCACACAAGAGAAUGUGCGCUGGCUGAUAAGGUUGAGUUCAUUGACAGUGACGCAGAUGAAGCUGUUAAGAUGUGGAAAAUGCCACCCAUGUUCUAUCUAUACAUGCCUAUUUGAUGUUCAGUCGCUACCGCGAUUAAGAGCAGAGCCACUACCAAACUCAACACGAUGCAACUCGGGGAUGACAUACUUCAUAGUCUACAAACAAGGCGGUUCAAAAGCGCCGGCGGACAUAUCAUCGAUGCAUGAAUACUGUCGUGGGUGAUUAUUGCCUGUCCGACUCGAGAUUGUCGGUACCUGGGAUUUUGUGGAUUUGAGGACCUCCGCAGGCAUUCAAGACCUGCACGCACAUCACGAUUCAAGAUCGAGUCACUUAGCUCUUACAACGGUAGGAAUAGACCGCAUUUGACAUGGACGUCGCCAACCGCCAUGAACCAGAACUCAUCCUUCCUGGUGUGCAGCAUUGGUGCUGCCUCUCCUCGUAUGGGGGUCUCAUCCAGAGUCGAUCUGCUUUACAAGAGAACGUUGUGACACUACUGUCGUAGCUGGUGCAUCAUCGGCGUGCCGACCUUCUACCGGCAAUGUCAGACGAAUGUUUAGCAUGAAUUUUUCAUUCCAAGAUUCUCCAUGUCAGACUACGACGGAGAGACACCGACUCAGACAAGAUUCAGUGUACAAGACGAAAAUACGGCCGGCCAAUGUACUGUACUGUACAGUACCAGCUUCUGCCUUACUGUAAGAAGGAGUGUCUCAAAGGCCCAUGGUGAGUGAAGGCGAGGUCGAGAGAGGGAGUGGGUUGGUAGGAGACAAUGCUGACGCCUGAGAGGGGUGUGACCGUCCUGUUCGUACAGUACAGUCUUGUGCAAGCACAUGUCAGAGGACAAGGGGAGCGAAAAGUGGUCAGUGCGAGAAUCCAGGGCUCCACUUCACCCAUCCAUUCAGUGCGUCCUGUCCUGUCCUGUCCCCUUCCCUCAGUCUACAGUACAGUACUCUUCCUUUAUCCUACCCCGUUUGAGGAGCAGAAAUCACCCUGCGACGGUCAGAUCCUUGGGUGAGACGCCUCUUUGAGUUAAACCUUGCCCUCCAGCCCAAGAGGAUUGACUUUGCAAAAAUGACUCACUUUCGAAUGGCCGGCUGCCACAGUAUUUGGAAUCAAGACCAGGAAAACGGCAUGAUCCAGCCAUUCUAGCUUUUGGCCGAUCAAUGAUUUCUAAUGCUUAUUCCCUUUUGGUGCAAAUUUCAAGAAAUAGUGAGACUACUGUAGUCCUACACUGUACUGUGCGAGAUCACAGUCAGAUGUUGGUAAGUGCGAGAGCAUGUGGGCUCCACUCCAUCUAUCAUGUUCAUCCUGUCUCUCCGACCAGACCCCUCUUCCCUUUCUUCCCUCUUCCUUCAUUCCUUCCCUCUCCCUUCUUUCUUUCUUCCUUCCCUCUUCCUCAACCUUCUCUCAUCAGUUCACAAUCACUGAACGUCGCUUCCGUUCGUCUACGCAAGAACCCGCGCUACAAAAUCCACGCUACGUAACCAAGAAGAUGAGCUUUAUUGCCGUUAUAAAGUCUCCAAAGGACGCAGCUGAACGAGACUGGACGAUAGGCAUACCAAAGCUUCGCUGCCCUGUUCAGCGGAAACGCCCUGAGGUGGCCAGUUUCCGGUGAAAAACAGAAGGCGAAAUCAACAAAUUCUGAUUUCCCGUUGAUCUUUGCUCUCCAGGACCAACUGAGCCAAAGACUCGCUCCCAAACAGGAUCAGCAGUCAAACUUCUUGAUUCCAGGGUCGAAAUAACGACGCGAAAUCAAGUAUCACUAUGUUGCUAUUUCUCCCUGUCAUCCUGGGCAAUUUCAACACUCUGAUUAGGUCCUUGAGUGAGUAUCGAUCAGAAAGCUACAAAAGGUCGCAGUCACAGUGAAAGAAGGCCUCAAGCAUCCCAAAAUGGCAAAAAUGAAAAAAAAUCGACAAUUUCUUUGCUGCCAGCUGGUUGGCAGCAAAGAAAUCGUCGCAAAAAGUCCCGUAUAAUCUAAUGAGAACAGCGCGAUUUACUCUC